AUGUCUCUUGACGAGCGGGUUCUCGAGCAAGUGGCCAGCAAUGGCGAGAUGGACUAUGAGAAGUGGCCGUCCAUCAUCGAACCGCUCCUCCAGCGAUUGAACCAGGUUGUAUAUACCGAAUUCCCCAUGCCACGACCAUAUCCCGUUGUCAAUCGACCUGCGCCGUCUUCACCGACCCAAACACAGCCUCCAACUCUGCGAGACUCUAAUCCAGUAUCUCAAACGCCAUCGACUCCUGCUCGCAACCUCCCGCCUGUGCCACCAUUCCCAAACUCAUCCGCUACCACGACCAGCCAUGUUCCCGACUCUCUGCCCCCCUCACAAGAUCCACCAAUUGACAUCGUCAACGAGCUUCCAGCCCUAUUGCUCCAGAUUCUCAACAGCGUGACGUAUAACCUCCGCUCCUCUUUCUCCAAAAGACCGCCUCACACGAUCCAGCGCCUCGCCGAACUCAUAUUAUACCCUACGACGCACUACAAAACACUUCCUGCGUGGUUGCGCGCGAUAGAUAGAGUCGUCAGCGUCAGCAGCCCUGCGGACAUCUUUCCCCUCUCUGAGACCCCGGCCCUCGUGAACGGAGUAAAUGGCGACGGUGGAGGAGGAAUCCUUUGGAGCAAUAGCGAUAUAAGAAACGGCUACGAUAGUGCCUCUCUAGGCAGCGACGAGAGUCUCGGCGGAGCACUCCUCACACCUAUACCAUGGUUACGGAACGGGGGCCCCGGCAGCGAAGACUCCAGUGAAGAUUCCGGACUUCUGGACUCAAAUGCUAGUGCGAGCACCGAUGGCUUGGAAGACCCAUUGGCAAUGCCAGUCACACGAAUGAAUGGAGAUACCCUCGUUCCUGAACGGCCGGACGGAGCUGUGACGCAAGGGGAGCUGAUUCGGCUAGAGCAAGAGGCGGGCGUCGUGCCUGUGACGCGGAAUCCUCCCGAUACCCACGUGAGCGGCACGUCGGAGGAGAAUUCGCUGCCCGAAGACGCAGACAUGGUGCCCCAUGCGCGCGGACCUGAUCUGGUGGGCUCAGUCGACAUGGGUCGUGUCGACGGUCAAGAUGUCGAACUUCGCAUUGGCAGUCCGCCGGGCGAGGAUGGCAAGCGGGAGACUGAUGCAAAUGAUGCACAGACUGUCCUACCUGGAAAUGUCCCAACUAUUGGACCAGCUGGAGACUCGAAGACAUCCUCCAGCGGAGCAGCAUCCACGGCCGAUACGGAGGACUUUGAAAUCGUGCUCAAAGACGCAGUUGGAGAUGGUGACUCGGAAGCAAUGCAAUUAGACGACACGGAUACGAAAGCGCAAGACAUUCAACGUCAACAGCCAUCAGAUGAUCAGGAUGUGGAUAUAGUCCUCGUUGACGCAGACGGGAAGACCGAAGACGAGAACUCAGGGGAGAACAAAGGCCCCUGA